AUGGCGUCAACCAUUUUCGAUUCUUUCUAUAUGCCAAUCUAUCGACCCGAUCACAGAUCUCCAACGCAUCAGACUCACGUGUCUGGUCAAGGAACUCAAGCUGCUCAACCCCCUCGCUUUUUUUUAGACAUCGAUGUUACCAAGUGGGAAAGGAUAGCACACCCCGUUCUCCAACAACACAGGCCAUACCUAAGCUCAAUAUAUCUUCCUGCGAGAGAGAAUGGAGCGCUGCACGCAACUGAGGGCGAUGUCGUUGCCCAACUGGGACUAGAGCUGUGUCACCCAGUACAAAAAGCACUUGAAUGCGCUCGCCCAGGAACCACAUAUGGGAGCGAAUUCAUCUCUCCCCCAUUUACCUUGGCCUCAAGAGCUCAUGUUGCUCGAGCUGACAAGGUAUACCUUGGCCAGUUUCAAGCUGGUCGAAAGCCUUUUGCCGUCUUGGAAUUCAAAAAUGUUUCAGUUGUUGAUGGGCACGAAUUCGGCGAGGGAAUAAUCAGUGAUGAGGCAAAUUUCAAUGCUUACAUGGAGAAUAUCAAUGAAAAUCGUUUCGUGUUAACUUCCGGCACUUGGACACUGCUAAAACAAGCAACAAACUACUCCAUGGCCUUCGACACGCCGUUUGUUGCGAUAGCUGAUAUGCGCACCCUUAUUUUGCUGGUCUUCCCCCUCCGGCAGGGUAUGCGGGCCGGCCGAUACGCUUUGGUGACUGUGAUAGAGGAUCCCAAGCUUAUGCGACGGGCUCUGCUCGGGUUUCUUCUGAUGGCUCAUCGGCAUCAACAACGCCCGGAUCAGCUUUACCCAAUGAUGAAGCAAGUAUUGUCGGAGGAAGUGCGCAAGUGGAUCGACGACCAGCGUUCCCGGGCUGCUGGUCUCCGCGGAAGCCCUGCUGCUGCGCGUGUUUCUGGUUCAUCAACUCAAGCUUCCGAGCCCCCUCGCAUUCUCCUGGAAAUCGAUGUCAUCUCCGAAGCGCCACUCGGUGCUUCAGGCACUUCAAAAAGCGUUCCCGACAGUCAGACAUGGAAGUCAAGUAUAGAUACACUCUUCUCCACCAACUGGACGCGCCGACAAGAUACAUUUUCGGCAAACUAA